GCGGAGUCGCCAAAAAUCAGGUUGCUCAUUCUCCCCAGCCUGCUGCUGUCUCCCCAGUGUUGAGACUAUGAAAUCGUUCUUGACGCGUCCCAAACGCAAGUUCACACCAGACCCCCAAGUACCUGUGGGGUGUGCAGAGUCCGAAGAACCGACAGAGAUCAAAUUGGCUCUCUUGUCAUCUCUGCAUCCAAAACUCGACCAAGAGGCACUACUUGACAUUCUAUUAGCUCACGAUGGUUCUGUUUCAGAAGCAUCAGCUUCACUCAGAGUCCCCUCGCCGACCAAAAAGGGCAGCCGGGGUAUUGGCUACCAGAAAUCCUUAAAGGAGUACGCUGCCCCCAGCAACGCCACGUCCCCAGCGAAGAAGAAACUCAAACCCAAGAAAGGCAGCACUCUUCACCUAUACGACCCAGAGGAUGUUGCGGAGUAUACGCCUUGCACCAUUGUACACAACUUCCUCCCCCCGGAGGAAGCUAACGAGCUCCUGGAGGAGCUAUUAGAGGAGUCGAAAUCAUACGAGAAGAUAACCUUCAAGCUCUUUGAGAAUGUGGUUUCAAGCCCACAUACAUCGAGCUUUUAUGUUGAAAGCUAUGAUGAAAUCAGGCGCCAGAAGACUGAGUAUCACUACAAUGGUGCUCGGUUGACAGAUGUCCGACGGAUCACACCACAACUUGCCAGGGUCAAGCCCAAAGUCCAGGAUGCAGUUAAUAGGGAGGUGCAAAAACGAAUAAAAGCUCGAUACCCAGGCGGGAAGAAGUUGCGAUAUCAACCACCAGACUCCUGGACGCCAAAUGCUGCCUUCGUGAACUGCUACAAUGGGCCUCAGGAAAAUGUAGGCUGGCAUAGCGAUCGGCUCACCUAUCUUGGACCACGAGCCGUCAUCGGCUCGCUGUCUCUCGGAGUUGCUCGCGAGUUUCGAGUCCGCAAAGUCAUUCCCAAGGACAGCGACAACAAAUCCGUCGAAGACCCCGAUGCAGAGGGCCAGAUCUCUAUCCACCUUCCCCACAACUCGCUACUCGUGAUGCAUGCCGAGAUGCAGGAGGAGUGGAAGCACUGUAUCUCCGCCGCGUUGUCGAUCGACCCACACCCCGUGGCGGGAACAGCACGAAUCAACAUUACAUACCGAGAUUACCGUGCGAACAUGCACCCAAGAUUUACGCCCAAGUGCCCUUGCAAAAUGCCAUGUGUGCUGCGAGUUGUGCAAAGGAAGAAGGAGAAUUUUGGCCGAUACUUUUGGAUGUGUUACGCUAGUAAUGUCCCGGAAAAGGAGAGUUGUGGGUUCUUCCAAUGGGCGGAGUUUGAUGAUGAUGGGAAUCCAGUACCAAGUAAGGCGAUCUCAAAGGCUUUUUGAUGUAUCUGUAACCGUAUGGAUGAGAGUAAAUCCAUGCAUGUAGUUACAUUUCAGCACAGGGAGUGAACGUGUGCCAUAGUCGGCCAAUUAUACAUAGCUCGGUGCCUCUUAAUCCAAACUUGGCGAGGAGCAGACUUGUCACCACCAACCUUUCCGAUCUCAGGCUAAGACAGGUUGUCAUAUCGCCUUGCUGGCAAUGUAUAUUGGUUCCCAGUCUAGCUCAUGUCUUGGUGGUGUAUGAGAAGAGAAGUCAAGAGUAUCGGCAUUGGAUUAAUAGUCCGAAC